GCUUGGGUCCGGGAGAAGCUGGCGAGUUGGAACAUGAGGUGACGUGGGGUGACGAAGGACCACGAUGCCCCUUUCCCGGUGGGGACCCUCGCCCGGCUCUCUGCUUUCCGGGGGUGGCGUGGGCGCUCAGGAGGCUGGCGCUGCCCGCGGCAUCACUCCCUAAAGCAUUGGCGCGGGCAGCCCGCGUGGCUCCGGAGACGGGGCAGGAAAUAGGAAAAAGGGGAUGAAAGGUCCCAGGAUGGGGGGGGAAAGCCAGGAAAGACCUGGCUUCACUGCUGGGAACGUCUGGUGCUGUCUCGCCCGAAGCCAAGCCAGGUGUGGGUGAAACGCACGAAGCCUGGUGGCUAUGGAUGUUGGGCACGUUGCGAGUCUCGGCAGAUGCCUGGGGAUCGGGGAUAUGCAAGGGAAAAAGGGAUUUCUAGGAGGAGGAGUAGUGACUUCCUGGCACUGUUGCAUCUCAAGGUGAACAUUUCUGCCACCACUGAACCGCACUGGGGGGCUAGUGAAGAGUGAUUGGGGCACAUGGUGCUGUCCUGGUGGAGCUGGGGUAUGGGACAACACCUCGGAGAGGUGGGGACCACUGGGCCGGGACCCUUGGAAUGAGAUUCGGGAAGGUGACAAGGUGCUGCGAGGCUGGACUGCUAUCACUGCAGGUCAGUGAGCUCCGAGGACCAGCCCGAGUAGCCCUCCCCCCUCAGAGAGAUGAGGAACUGGGAGCUGGUGGGGAAGGGCUGGGCAAGGGUCCAAGGAAGCAGAGCUGGCGAGGGGAGGAGCAGGCAGGCUGGGGAAGCCCGCCAUGGGCAGGCAGGAUGCAGGGACGGCAGGUGGGUCUGUACAACGGGGUUGCGAAAGGGCUGGUGGAAGGAACUGCAGGAAGCAGUGAUCAGAGGAUUGCAGCAUGUCUGAAGGGCACGGGAUUGAUAAGAGAAGGAAGAUGCACGCCAUGAGAAUGAAGCAGUUCCAGGCCAUUAUUAACCUGGGGCAUCACGAGACUCCCAGAUCCACCACAGAUCCACAGCUGGGAGAGCGGCCACGGUGAACUCGGGCAGGACUUCCCAUGCCAGGCCCCAUCGGACCUGGGGACCAGCAGGAUCCAGCUCUGUGGAGGUGGCACCAGCCUGGGGUCCAAGUGUGGGCAGGGGAAACUGUCAGCCUGGGAUGGUGCUGAAAACAGGUGAAUUCCUAAAGGACGGAUGACCCACAAGCUGCUCCAGGAGUGUCCUCUCCUAUGCACUGGUGGAUGCUGAGGGCUGUUUUUAAGGUGCUUCCUCAGCCCUUCUUGUGGGCAAUGAAGGAAGGAAGGGAAUUGAGUCUUACCCAUCUGCCCUGUGGCAUUGUUGCGAGGACGCACGGAAACAGGAGGGCGCUGAGAUGUCUUCCAUCUUUUCGGUUUCAGAACGGCCCCCGCGAGCUGCACUCGGCUGCACCCAGGGCGGAGCUGCGCCCCACGCCGCGCUCCGUGGGCGGGUGCCCGCGGGCCCGCGGGAGGCUGCUGCCAUCCCGUGGGCACAGGGGGAAGGACGAGCUCAGGGCUGGCACCCCUUCCUCGGCCCCAGCUCCCCCAGUGGCUCUGCCCCGGGCCCACAACGUCCUGCCCGGCCCUGACGGCACUGGAGGUGGCUCCGGGUGCAGGUCGUUGACUCCUCCAGGCUCCUUGUGCUCUCUGGCUGUCGCCCCCAUCCCCUCCAGCUGCAACACAGCUGCCCACAGGGCUUGGGGCUGCCACCCAGCCAUCAGCUCCUUGCUCCUCAUCGGCAGCCAGCACGCAUCAUGGGCUACCAUCUUCUCAUGUGCAAGCCACGAUGAGCUCUCUAAAGCCCCAGAUCCGAGAGCCACAUCCUGGUUCAAGGUGAUCAGCUGGUGGCGGCAGCUGGAAAGUCCCCCAGCCAGAGCCCCUCUCCCCAGUGCUCACUUUGGGAAGGCCCUCCUUGUGGAGUCUGGGAGAGAAGAUGCAGCAGCCUGUCCUGUUCUCAGGUGGUAUCCAGAUCAUCUCUCCUCAAAGACCCCGCUGCAGCUGCUUCAGAGCCAGGGGAGCCCACCAGUGCCAGGCCCCCUGCCAGGCGACCCCCCCGCGCCUCCACGGGUGCUAAGAAUAACCAGCGUCGUCAGCAGCCGUGGUAUUUGCAGGCACCGCCAGUGCCACCCCCAUGCCAGCCUGCUGGGCACAGGAUCCAUCUGCUCCCUGACGAAUGCAGAGCUUCUCCUCUGGGACCCAUAUGAGCUGCAUUUGCCCCUGUGCCCAGGCUCUGAAGAGAGGAUUCUGCAGGGACACUGUGCUCCUACCAAGGGCAAACUUAGUGCAGAGCCUUCUUCCCAGGCAGUGAUGGUGAGUCAUGCAGAACCAGGCUGGGAUGUUUUCUUCUCUCUGUGUGACACUCCAGUAAAUCAUAUAGAAUGUCCUAGCACUGGGCCAAGGCGACCUGUGGCAUGUGGGGCUCCUUGCUCUCCUUUCAGCAUGGGGACUCACACAGCCCCAGGAGUGGCCCUGGGCACAAUGGUAUUGUCAAGGGGCAUUUCCUACUGAGACAGAGGGUAGUGAGCUAUUCCAAUGCAAGGC